CUUCAUUUUAUACUCAUCUUCCUCUUCCCUAACCCUGUCAUAAGUGAUAAGCAAACCCAGGAGUGGAUUAAUUAUAUUUGUCACCAAAUGGAAGAAUUUGGAUUUUGCAACCAAACCUUCCAUGAAAACUUGAAAAAUCCAUCAGCAGAUUAUGUUGGUCUGACCCAGACCACAAUAGAGCAAGCUACAGUCAAUGCAACCAGCACAUGUGCUUUCAUUCUGCAACUUCUUAAGAAUGCAACAGAUGAAGGACUGGAAAAUGCUCUUAAUGUGUGUGAAAAUGGUUAUAGCAUAGUGGUACAGUCUUUCCAGGAUGCUUCUAAAUAUUUUAACCAAAAAGAUUACAGGAGUAUGAUUCAGUCUGAAAGGAUAACACCUAGGGCCCAAGGCAGCAGUUCAACUAGUUUUAGCAUUCCCUCAUUUCCUGUUAACCCUCUGGUUGAUAGAAACAGGCAAAUGAGGAUCAUCACUGCCAUGGCUCUGGUUACAGGAUCUCAGCCUGAUGUUUGA